CCUUAAAUUUCGUCAAUAUGGGUGUACUGUGGGCCCGAAAUUACGUUUAAAUUCUGUUUCAGGUCCAGCGUUGAACCACUUUCUCCUCUUCCUUUGAAAGAACACAUUCAAUGAGCAUUAGCCAUUUGAUUACUGUGAUUGUUUGUUGCCUUUUUGCUAAUGCCCAAUAUCGUCCGUGGCAUGGAAUCAUUCGACCCGCACAACCGACAUUCGUGCGUCAAUGGUCUGUGUUCGCUGGACGCCGCGUGGUGCUGAAUUGUUCAGUUGAGCUACCAGAGGAAGUCACACCAAGACAGGUGCAAUACAAGUGGGAGCGCCCAGAGGGCAAUGUCAUCGGAUACAGCAAACUUUAUGUGAUACCUAACGUGUCCCUGUCAGAUGGCGGCAUGUAUAUUUGCCACAGUUCUGCUUACCUGGGACUGACUGGAGAAGAAUGGUCAGAAAAACAAAGGCUUCAUUUAGAAAUAAAGGACGAUAUAUCAGUUGCUGGCUACGGUCAAGAAGAAAGCCCAGUUAUAUAUCUGACGCCGGGAACUCCCGGACCGUUAGAGAUCGUGGACGGUGACGACUUGUAUUCACGUUGUGCAGUACAAAGCAGCGAACCCUACUCCUAUCGGUGGAUACGGCGUUUGCCAGAUCGUUCAUCGCAGGAACUCUCGGAUACUGCCGUGUUGUUUAUCCCGUCGGUGACGCAGAGUCAACUAGAAUAUCCAAUAUAUUGCGAAGUAACACGUCAAGCAGAUGGAGCAGUGUUCGAACAAAUGCUUAACUUACGUGUCGGAGCGGAAUUCAAGGUGGAAAUCAGGCCAAUCACUCCAGAGGUGCUUGUUAAUCGUCCAUACGAAAUGUUGUGUGAUGUGGCGCCGCCUCCAGAUAUGCCUGUACGUUAUCGUUGGUACUACAAUAACCAAGUCGUUGGAGAAGAUGCAAGGCUUGUUUUACCAUCACUGGAAUUUCAAGAUGUUGGAAGCUACGUCUGUCAAGCCACAUGGGGAGUACCGGGGUCGAGAAGAGGAGUCUUAUCUGCUAACGCCACAGUCGAGUUGACACUUGCUCUUACUAGUGGAAGGGAAAUCGAAAUGAGCCCUCCUCCGGGUUCUAUUCUGGUUACUUUGCCCAAUGAAAUGCGCGAGCUUCAUUGCGAAUUUAGCACCAGACAACCACAAACUGUUCGCUGGUUUUUCAACGGUGAACCGCUGGAAUUCCAUCGUACUCUGAAUGCAUCUGGUCAGGUGCAUAGGAUGGACCGAUUACUGGUCAGCAUCAUUACAUUGCGUUCCGUGGAGCCUGGUCACGCGGGCACCUACGAAUGCCGUGUGGGUAACCAGGUAAAACAGACGCAUGUCAUCGUUCGAACUGGUAAAGGUUUGGAGAUAAAUCCGGAAUCGGACACUGUGGAAGAAGGAUCACCAGUAGAAUUCCACUGUCGUGCACACGGAGCAAACGACAACGUUAACAGCGAAAUGCAGUGGUUUUACCGCCCAUUUUAUGGCGGUUCAAUGAUUCCUUUGAACUUGAACGACCCAAAUGGUUUUAUUCGCCAAGAUGACAUAUAUGCCUCGCACACAAGCUUCAUCAGUAAAGCGCACGCUCUUAAGUCGGAUGAAGGGGAAUACAUCUGCCGGCUGCCUUCACAGAACGCAGAAGUCAUUGGAAAGUUGUAUGUUCGAAGUGCACCAUCUUACCGCGUGACUAUUACCCCAUCCAUCAUUAAAGUCCGGACAAACCAACCCAUUGAGUUGGAAUGCUUCGUUUCGGAUGAAAGUGGUCGACCAGCUUACAUUUCUCCCCGAUUCCGCGUGCAUGAUCCUCGCAUUCGUUUCGAGGUUGACCAGAUUGGAGACAACAGAGCUCGUCUUCGAAUCCCCGGCGGACUGGAGUCGGAGUUCAACGGAACAAGAGUGGAGUGUUACAUAGAUGAAGGUGGGAGCAGCUCCGUUGGUGUGAUCGUUGUCGAAGGUGCGUGCCCUCAAGGUUAUCGACGAUGUCGUUCUGGACAGUGCUUGCCCGCAGGACGAUUUUGCGACGGAAUACCCGACUGUACGGACCGCUCAGACGAGGACCCACAGUUUUGCAGUGCCUGUGAUCCUAUCGCAAAACCAUGUGAAUACGUACAAAACAGAGCACCAAUAAAGAAGAAUUACAUGAUCCAUUGGGAGUGUGAUGGCGAAGAUGAUUGCGGAAAUGGUUUUGAUGAAUCAAACUGCCCCAACCCAGCUGUGGCCCGUUGCGAUGGAUCAAUGUUCACCUGCCAAGGAGGAUUCAGACGGAUUCCGUUGGCUUAUGUCUGUGACAAGGAUCAAGACUGCCCUUAUGGGGAAGAUGAAAGAAACUGCGCUGCACCCACAAUCCAAACAAGUGGGGAGUACCGCUAUCCAGUUCGAUCAGGAGGGCAGGUUAUAUUAACCUGUCGCGUGACGGGUCAUCCAUUACCAAGGGUUAUUUGGCGUUUUAAUUGGGGAUGUUUGCCGGAAGAAGGUGGUCGAUUUCGUAUCACCAGCACAGCACAGAAUUGGAUUGGCUGGAGGUACAAGAGCAAUGUCCAACGACUACUUCGUAAUGAUUUUGGAUUAAACACAAAGUUUACUGCCACUAACUUUUCUUCAAUAUCCAGCAAUGAUGCGCACCAAUAUGCCUACAUUCGCAAAAAAGAAUCAGCAGUUUCCGAGCAGACAAGUGCUAUCGCUUACCGCUUCCUAUCCACAAAACGUAACCAUUUCUAG